AUGACAACACCAGCGGGUCCCCUUCCAGCUCAGGCUGUUCCACAGCCAACGGUCCAUGGCCUCUCCCAAAUAACCAGGAGCCUGUACAUCAGUAAUGGUGUGGUUGCCAAUAGCCAACUCAUGUUAUCCCUCAACCGUAUCAUUACCAUCAUAAACGUCUCAUUGGAGGUGGCCAACACAUUCUACGAAGAUAUUCAAUAUGUACGGGUACCGGUGGCUCACACUCCUAGCUCAAACCUCUGUGACAUUUUUGACCCAAUCGCUGAUCACAUCCAUAGUGUGGAAAUGAAGCAGGGCCACACACUGCUGCACUGUGCCAUGGGUGUCAGCCGCUCCGUUACUCUCUGCCUUGCUUACCUCAUGAAGUACCAUUCCAUGUCUCUGCUGGAUACCCACAACUGGACCAAGUCGUGCCGCCCGAUCACACCCAACAACGGCUUCUGGGCACAGCUUAUUAAUUACGAAUACAAAUUGUUCGAAAAGAACACCGUGCAAAUGAUCAGCUCCCCUAGGGGUGUGAUUCGUGAUAUCUACGAUAAAGAGGUCUGUUUGAUGAUGCCGAUGUGA